AUGUUCAACGACCCCCGCUAUGAACAACUAUGCCUAAAGAAAGCCAAGGAGCUAAUCGAAGCAAGGCUGAAAGGAGUGCAAGACUGGGAACCUCACUUUCGGGCCGCGUAUAACGGCCUAACGAAAAGCAAGAUAUCGAAAUACCGACGCGGAGUCCCAGAGAUGGAGAGCCUUUCUGACGACCAAAUUCAAUCUGUGUAUCGAGAUAUCGUGUUCUCGAAGUUCUGUGAGUCACUGGAACCAGAUCCCAUCUCGCCUGUGUCAAGCCCUCCUCCCCAGCAGCCUCACGGGCAGGCCGAUGCUGCAGACGACCGAUCACCUGAAAAUGAAUGCGAGCAAUCUCCAAGGGCCUCGGAAAGCCACUCGCAGCAGUCGGAAGAUGCAAGCAACCACGAACGGCCUUCAACGACUUCUGCCUCGUCACGCAGCCCCUCCAAGCCUCCUUCAGCUUCUAGUGUAUCCCAGAGCACAGAUGGGAUUCAGUCACCAGAAAAUGUUGAGACAGAGGCGUCUCGACCAGCGGCAAUUCUUGAUGCGUUCCAUCAAUUCUUCACACGGACAUCUUCUGAGCAACCAGCAAAGCUGGUCUUAGAAAUUCCCUCGUCGAUAUAUGUUCCAAAUCAAGGGCCCCAGUCAUCACCUCCUGCCCAGUCGGCCCGUACCCACGAUGCAGUGGGACAGGACCAGAACGGGAAGCAGAAAGACAAUCCUGCACAGACGGCAAUUGAAGCCCCCGAAGCCCCACUGCCCUCACAGCCUGCUCAGAUAGGCGCACAGCAACAGCAGCUGCCCGAUGCUCAGCUGGUCCCAGCCGACGGUGUCUCGGCGGAUCUGACCACGUCUGAAUCGGUAUCCGAACGGGUCAGCGUUACGGUGAUGUCUGGAAAGCUCUCCAAACGCUUUCAAAGAAGGCUUCAUCUUUUUCAGAUUGGAGAUCCGACGGUGAAUCAGGCAAAUGCUUUGCUCAGCCUGGCACUAGAGCUCAUGGAACAAGUUACACAAGACCCACUGCUCAGCCAUUCUAUGGACCCGAGUCGUCUUGAGAAGUUCAACUCAUCUCGCGAAGAAUUGAAUAAAGUCAUAUGUCAGGUGGAAGUACCGCUGUUGAUUAAGAUGAUGAAAGUACAGUGGACCGGUACGCGAGUGGAGCAGGCCUGA